AUGAUGAAUUAUGACGUCACAGUGGCGGCCCAUCAUAAUAACCAUCGUGACACCAUAAUCACGAAUUGUGGUAUUCUAGUGGUGGAGAAUGAUAAUAGCCACUGUGAUGUCAUAAUCACGAAUUAUGAUAUCAUAGGAGUGCAAGUCCAUCUGUCCUUAGAGUCCUUGGCCCUGCCGCCUCUGCCCUCUGUGAACCUCCCUGUAUGGCUCUUCCAUGAUUCCACAAUAAACACAUGUAUCUGUGGCUGCUCUGUAUCAUCUGGCUUCCCCACAUUGGCCUCUGCAGAGUGUUCCAACCCCUAUGUAUCCCACUCUCCACCUGGCCCUGUGUACAGCCAGGUGAAGACAGGGAACUGCGCCGGAACCGUGGCCAGCACAGUGGUAGCAGUUGGACUGACCAUUGCUGCUGCAGGAUUUGCAGGCCGCUGUGUAUUGCAAGCUCUGAAACAUAUGAAACCUCAAGUAAAACAAGUUUUUCAAAGUCUACCAAAAUCUGCCUUCAGUGGGGGUUAUUACAGAGGUGGAUUCGAAACCAAAAUGACAAAACGGGAAGCUGCAUUAAUACUUGGUAUAAGUACUACUGCCAACAAAGGAAAAAUAAGAGAUGCUCAUUGACAAAUUAUGCUUUUAAAUCCUCCAGACAAAGGAGGAUCUCCCUAUAUAGCAGCCAAAAUCAAUGAAGCUAAAGGUUUACUAGAAGGUCAAGCUAAAAAAAAUGAAGUAAAUCUGAAUUUUUAAAUUUUCUUACUAGUUAAUGUAUGAGUACCAAGUUUUUAUAAUAAAAUGCCUCAAAGCUAAAAAAAAAAGAA